AUGAGGAGUAAGGGUGUGCGCCAGUUGCUGCUUGCCGUUGGGCUACUUAAUUUGUAUUUCUAUGAUGUUUCUGCUGCUUUCAAUUCCAAGAGGUUUCGACUUCAGUCGAAAGCACCUAAGGCUGUAGUUAUACAGAGUGAGGGCUUGGCGCAGCAAAGAGCGGGGUCUCCCCAAUCGGUGUCGGCGCAAUGUACAGAGACGGAGGUAAUCGUGAGCAUCAGUUCUGAUCUGUUUGGUAUUCGGCAUCCUAUCCAGCCGUCCGACUUGACAUUAGGAGGGUGUGGCGUGACCAGCCAAGUGUCCGCGCCUCCUACCUUCGUGAUCGAAGCACCGCUGCAAGGAUGUGGCAGUAACGUUAUGAUGCUUCCUGAUGAAAUAGUGUACAACUUCACUCUUGAGUAUAAUCCCUCCUUGAUUCCUGGUAUUCCCAUUAUGUGAACCAACCCAGCUGUAGUGCAGAUUGAAUGCCAUUAUCCCAGGAAUCACAAUGUCGGUAGUAAUGCUUUGAAUCCCACUUGGGUUCCCUAUACCUCCAACCAUAUCUGCUGAAGAUAUUCUGGGAUUCUCUCUGGAUAUAAUGA